UCCAUUCAAAGCAGCCAAGGAAGGAGCAGCUUCUCCGCACAGCAACUGCUGCAGCAACCUCUCCGCACCUGCGACUCCGGCAGCCUCUGCAAGCGGAGCGGCAUCUCCGGCUCCUGAAGGUGGUUGUUACAAUUAAAAUCGAAGCAACUAUGGGAACUACCCUGGCAUCCUGCAGAAAGGAAAUCCUGCUCUUCUUUACCCUGGUGCUGUGGGAGUCAUCCAGCCAAGUUCUGGGGGAUACCGUGGAUAAUGAUGCAAAGAACAACAUUACCAUUUUCACGAGGAUUCUAGAUAGACUUCUGGAUGGCUAUGAUAAUCGUCUGAGGCCUGGACUAGGAGACCGAGUAACAGAAGUCCACACUGAUAUCUAUGUGACAAGCUUCGGUCCUGUUUCUGAUACAGAUAUGGAGUAUACAAUUGAUGUCUUUUUUCGUCAAAACUGGCAAGAUGAACGACUGAGAUUUAAAGGGCCAAUGCAUAUUCUUCGAUUAAACAACCUUAUGGCAAAUAAAAUUUGGACUCCGGAUACAUUCUUCCAUAAUGGAAAGAAGUCUAUAGCCCACAACAUGACCAUGCCAAAUAAACUGUUAAGGAUUCAAGAUGACGGAACCCUCUUGUAUACAAUGAGGCUGACUGUCCAAGCUGAAUGUCCCAUGCAUUUGGAAGAUUUUCCUAUGGAUGCUCAUGCUUGUCCAUUAAAAUUUGGAAGCUAUGCCUAUACAACUUCUGAAGUGACAUAUGUAUGGACACGCAAUGCCACAGAGUCUGUAGUGGUGGCACCAGAUGGAUCUCGAUUAAACCAGUAUGUUCUUUUGGGCCAUUUAGUUGGAAAAGAAACCAUUAAAUCCAGCACAGGUGAAUAUACAGUGAUGACAACACAUUUUCAUUUGAAACGAAAGAUUGGGUACUUUGUGAUUCAGACGUAUCUUCCCUGCAUCAUGACAGUUAUUUUAUCUCAGGUGUCUUUUUGGUUGAACAGAGAGUCUGUCCCUGCAAGAACAGUGUUUGGUGUUACUACUGUAUUGACAAUGACAACACUCAGUAUCAGCGCUAGAAACUCCCUUCCAAAAGUGGCCUAUGCAACAGCCAUGGACUGGUUCAUUGCAGUCUGCUAUGCUUUUGUAUUUUCUGCUUUGAUAGAGUUUGCAACUGUCAACUACUUUACUAAAAGAGGAUGGGCUUGGGAUGGGAAAAGUGUUGUCAAUGACAAGAAAAAAGAGAAGGCUUCUGUGAUAAAGAAAAACAAUGCAUACGCAGUGGCGGUUGCAAAUUACGCCCCGAACAUCACGAAAGAUUCAGCUCUGCCAACAAUAUCUAAAAGCGCCACCGCAGAUCCGAACAAAGCGAAACCACAGGAGGCAAAGAAAACAUUUAACAGCGUCAGUAAAAUCGACAGAAUGUCUAGAAUAGUCUUUCCACUUUUAUUCGGUACAUUCAAUUUGGUAUACUGGGCAACUUACCUGAAUAGGGAGCUCGCCAUUGAAGGGCUGGUAUUAUCCAAAUAGGAAUAGGAGUUUGCUAACACUCCAUUAGCAUCUUCAGUCUCAGAUUGUUUUAGUAUGUAUUACUAAUAAACUGAUUCGUUCACUGAAAUGUACAGUAUGUUCCUCUCAAAAGGAGGACUUUGUUAACUGGAAUGAGCUUUGAGAAGAUUGCACUUAUGGCUUCUAUAAAAUUACAUAGAUUACAAAGUAUUUAUUAUUAUAUAUAUAUUAUUUUCUUUUUUACUUUGGAAUGAACUGCUGCAAAUGGAGGAGCAAAAACACAUUGUAUAGCGAUGCUGUGUGUCACCCUUUGGCAGUGAAAGGGUUAACGUUCUGUCGUAGCACAUGGUGAGUGGCUUGUCUCAAUAGGGAUCUGCCUUCAGCACUCCAGCGGUUUCAGAGCCAAAACUCCCAGCAUCCCCUGCCAGCUGAGCACGAAUGGAGGAUGCUGGGAUUUGGUUCUGCAACAGCUGCAAUGCCAAAGGUUGCCUAUAUGUGUUAAAAAGAGAACCAAUUUAUGGAGAUGUGAAUUUUUAAUUUGGGGGACAUUAUUUUUUGACGUACAACUCUUUUUUAUGAUAAUAACGCAGCAUUCUGUGUACAAAAAAAAAACGUUUCUAAAUUCUAAAGUUUAAUGUGCUUCACAUAAAUAUUUAUUAAUACUUUUACUUUUUUCAGGAAAAGUGUUAGUGUCGGUGCAAAAAAAAAAGUAUCUUUUUAUUACGUACGUUGGGCAUUUUCCCAGUAAUGACGGACUGAAAUUCUCUAAAACUGUAAAAAAAAAAAACCUUUGUACCAUCUGUAUAAUAAUAAUAUUUGCUGAAAUAACAGUCUUAGAGAUCAUGCAGUUGCAACUGGCAGUCUGACAAACUUUAGCCCAAUGAAAGGGAAUCCACCCACUGAGGUUUUUUUUGACAAGGGAACUAUCGGAUAUCGACUCGGCACUUGGGGCCCUUAACAGAUGAAAUACCUUUUCUUCAUGAGCAAUGUUAAAUGUUGCUUUUCAGGGACCCAGGAAUGGCAUGGCCCUGUACAGCUGAACCGUAUACCCCUCCUCAAUGAUUGAGCCAACCGGGAAUAUCUGGUGACCAACAAACCACAUUUCCAUUCCUGCCUCCAACAGACAAACAACAACAAAAUUCAACUCAAAUUACUCAGAAAACAAUGAAUUGUGUCAAAAUAGGCUGACAUUACUAGUUGUAUUUUUACCUGGGUAUGAAAUUAUACUUAGAUUUUGUAGUAACUUGAGGCAAAAUGUACACCCCGACACAUUAACCAGUGGUUAUUAGUAAUAAUGGAAAGGAAAGCCCAAAGAAUAUGUUUUUGCAAUUAAAUAAAUGCUUAUUUUGCCAUGUGAUUUCAUAUUGACAUGUUGAUGUGUUUAUGUUUAAAGUCACAAGAAAUGCAAGUUGCUGAUGAAUGAGAGAUAAUUGCAGCAAGCGUGGGGCAUUGUUCAGUGGGCGCUUGCUGCAAACAUGGUCUGUGUGCUGGUAACAAACCCAUUCCUCUACUAAUAAGGUGGAAUAAAAAGUACAUGUCUGUAAUGGGUUCAGCUCUAACCCUGGUAACAUGUUACUGCUCGUGCAAUGGCUUCUGGGGAAGUAGAGAAUUUGGAAUGCAUAUACAGUUAUUGGCAAUGACCCAUUUAUUUCUGUGCUUUAAUACCCAUUUCAUUUCAUUUGAUGUAAUGUAUUCCUACACUGUUUUUUAUAGUAAUUUUAUUUAUUGCCUAGGCUUAUUUGCAACAAAGUUGCUGACAUAUUACCAUCAAAUACAACCCAUUGCUCCGAUUUUGGUGGAAUGUAUUUUUGGUAUCAUAAGAGUAUUGUAUUAGCAAUACCAUAAUGAACAAUGAAUCAUUUUUUUUUUUUAAUUUAAAAAUAUCUGAAUUGAUUCUUUAACAUAAACUGUUCAGUGUUGUGAUCUAGUUUAGUUAUUGUGUUAUUCAUAUUAUUCACAUCAUAAAAGUCCAUUUUCAUUGGCAUUACAUGUGAAAAAUGAAUGAUGCAGGAAGGUUUUUCCUUUGGCCAGUGUACUGAUAUGAAUGUAGGAUAUAAGUUACCAGUAGAGGUUUGCAUGAACAUUAUUCAUUUCCAGUAACUCCCUUUUACAUGAAAAGCACUUUAUUCAGUUCUAGAAAAGUUUUCCUAUUAAUUACAUAAUGUAAAAAAAAUAAAAGAACAUUUAUACCAGGGAAAUGUAAUCACUGACACAGUAGGGCUGUAAAUCUCCAGCAACCACCCCCAAUACUUACACAAUACAUAUAUAUAUAUCCAGGCGCAGUCACAGGAAAAGGCUGAUAGCAGCAUAGGGACAUUUAUCUGCAGGCCAAGUAUCAGCCCCAUCUGGCAUUAGCGUAAAAGGUGAUAGGAAAAGUCAGUGAAGCCAUGAAUACGAGGUUGCAUAGAACACAGCACAGGUCAAAUUAUAUUUGAGUAGUGAUGAGCAAAUUUUUUCGGCAGGCAUGGAUUCGCUCUGAAAUUCCAUAUUUUUUCCAUAAAAUUGACACAUGUAAAAAAAUUAUCACCGAUUGACUUCUGUGCAUUUUCCUAAUUUUUCUCCGCUUCACAAAUUUCCAGCAGUUUUGCAGAUUUUUCAGUGAAGCAAAAUGGCACAGAUACUACAUACAUUCUUAAGCAGUUUUACUUACUACGCCAGGUUUUUUACUAACUACGCCAGAUUAUUGGAAGAUUUAUUAACGUUGUGCCACUUUUUCCCAUAGUCUUCAGUGGCCUUUACUAAGGCAUCAAUUUCAGUGUAACUCUGAAAUGUUUCUUUAUUUUUAAUUAGCAUACCCAGAUAUUUCAGAAUUCACUGAGAAGUGUGAAAAAAUGGUGCAAGAAAAUUUACUUAGCAAAAUCUAGUGGAAGUAAAUGUAGAGCAAGUGGACUUGCUGAGUAAUCUUCGAAGAUGUUUCACUACACAUCUGAGCAGCUUCUUCAGUUCAACCAAAUUCUCCGUUAAGCAGUUUUACUACUAAAAUUGUGCCUGCUUCUUCCCAUUACAAAGCAGUUUUUGCAAACACCGCAUCCAAAACCUUUACAUUUGGAACACACCCAAAAGGGAAGCUUGGUGUUUUAAUGAUGUGGUUUUAUAAAGGGGUAUUUGGAGCUACCCAUGCUUCAUUAUAUGCCAUAAAGUGUGAGUGCUAGAGAAAGAACAUUCCCUAACCCCGAUCUGAGUGAAUCAAGAUCUUCCACGGACAUUGUGCAAUAUAACCCAUGCGUGCACUGGCAAGCAAUAAUACUGUGCAAGGAACAUACCCCAAUGAUGUGUUUAAAUCACCAAUCUAUGAUACAUUGCAGGGCAAGCAAGCAUGGCCAAUCCCUUGCGCUGAAACUCUGCAUUCUCGUCUCCAGAUAAAGGAAGAACUUUGCUUAUCCUCAUAAAGAACAAUUACAUAGGGCUCAUUUACUAUCAUACAGUGGUGGCUGUUUAUAAACAUUAGGGAGAUUUGCACCUAGGCAGUAACCCCAUAAAGACCAAUCAAACUUUUGCUUUCAUUCUUCUUCCUGCAGAUGGCUGAUGGGAACAAGCUAAUCACUGCUAUGGGUUACUGCCCAGCCUCAAAUUGGCUCAGUGUUGACAAACAAGUCCUAGUAUGUGCUAAAUUGCACAAGUGCAGUUGCCAAUAGCUACCAAUCAAAAAUGACUGUAGCUUUGAACAGUCUACUACAAAUCAGCAAAUGAAAACAAAUAUUGAAUUGCUGGGGGUAACUAUGUCGGAAAUCAGCCCCAGUCUAUAUAAAUGUAUUUGUUUCUCUUUAUAAAUGUGUGCUAUAUCCUGCUUUUUUCUUAUUUAAUUUGCCUGGAUCUUAAGGUUUGCUAGACCUCAACCAGUUCUGAUGCAAUUAGACUCCUGUGACAUAUAACAUUUUUACCUGUAUGCGCACUCACUCCUGUAUAUAAAUGGGAAGCAACCUGUAAAUAUUUCAAGUGUAUGUUUCCUUUUCCAAGUGACAUUUCAGACCGGAAUAUUUGAUAUGUUGAUAUUACAGUCUGUUAAUAGUAUCUGCCCUAUAAUAUGCAUUGAACAGUGAAUCUUACUUCAUACUGAACUGUUUUAAUAAAUAUGAAUCAACCAUUUUGCACAUUUCUAUGGAAUGUGUUAAACACAA